AUGUACGAUGCAACGCAUCGCUGCAAGAUGCGCGUUCCGCCCAAACUCCGAGACUACCAGGAAGAAUGCAUCAAGUCCGUCCUCUCCUCUCUGCGCCAGGGCCACAAACGUGUCGGCAUCUCACUCGCCACGGGCAGCGGAAAAACCGUCAUCUUCACCCAGCUCAUUGACGAGGUCAACUCGCGCCCCGGCGGAUGCGAUCGCACCCUCAUCCUCGCCCAUCGGCGCGAGCUGGUCGAGCAGGCUGCGCGCCACUGCCACGUCGCCUACCCGGACAAGACCAUUGACAUCGAAAUGGGCUCUCUGCACGCCUCGGGCACUGCAGACAUCACCGUCGCCAGCGUCCAGAGCAUCACGUCGCGAGAGCGCCUGGACAAGUUCGACCCCUCGACGUACAAGCUGCUGCUCGUAGACGAGGCCCAUCACAUUGUCGCCCCGGGCUAUCUCAAGACGCUCAAGCACUUUGGCCUCGACCAGAAGCAGCCCAACUCGCCUACCCUCGUCGGCGUGUCGGCCACCUUUUCCCGCUUUGACGGCGUCAAGCUCGGCGCCGCCAUUGACGAGAUUGUCUACCACAAGGACUAUGUCGACAUGAUCUCCGACAAGUGGCUCUCCGACGUCGUCUUCACCACGGUUGCCUCGUCGGCCAAUCUCUCAAAGGUCAAGAGGGGCCUCACCGGUGACUUCCAGACUGGCGAGCUUUCCAAGGUCGUCAACACGGACGAGGUCAACGACAUGACGGUCCGGAGCUGGAUGGCCAAGGCCUCGGACAGGAAAUCGACCCUCGCCUUUUGCGUCGACUUGGCUCAUGUUGCCGGACUCACCAACAAGUUCCGCCAAUACGGAUUCGACGCUCGCUUCGUCACGGGCGACACGCACAAGGUGGAGCGCAGCGAGAUACUCGAGGCCUUCAAAAGGGGAGAGUUCCCCGUCCUCGUCAACUGCGGCGUCUACACCGAAGGUACCGACAUCCCCAACAUCGACUGCAUCGUCCUGGGGAGGCCGACGAGGUCGCGGAAUCUGCUCGUCCAGAUGAUCGGGAGAGGCAUGCGACUGCACCCGGGCAAGAAGAAUUGCCACAUUAUUGAUCUCGUCUCCAGUCUCGAGACCGGCAUCGUGACGACGCCAACCCUUUUCGGCCUCGACCCCAGCGAGCUGGUUGACAAGGCCUCGGUCAGCGACAUGCGGUCCCUCAAAGACCAUCAGACAGCCCCGCAGGCCAGCGAGCAGGAGGCGCGCGCUCCAUAUCAGGGGCAGGCAGAGAGCUCGGAUGCGGCUGUUACCUUUACAGACUACUCGUCUGUCCUGGACCUCAUCGCCGACACGUCUGGGGAGCGGCACAUCCGCGCCAUCAGCCAAUACGCCUGGGUUCAGGUAGGACCCGAUCGCUUCGUGCUCUCGGCCCCGAGCGGCUCCUACAUUAGAAUAGAGCGGAUGGGCGCCGGCCCCGGUCCCAAGUUUCGAGCGCUCGAGGUCCGCGCCCUGCCCCCGGGCACCUCCAAGGCCCCCUACGCCGCCCCGAGGGAGAUCCUCACGGCGCUCACAUUUAGCGACGCCGUCCACGGCGCCGACCGAUAUGCCGCGGACGCGUUUCCCCACACCUUUAUCCAUCGCCACCAGUACUGGCGAAGCCUGCCACCGACAGAGGGCCAGCUGAAUUUUCUGGACCGCCUUCGCGGAGACGCGCCCACGCCGCCCAAGCUGACAAAGGGCAAGGUCGCCGACAUGAUUACCAAGCUCAAGCACGGCGCCCGCGGCCAGUUCGCCAAGAUGGAGGCGCAGCAUCGCAAGCGCGAGAGGCAGGCCAUAGUUUUGGAGGCAAGGCAGGGCCGCGAGCAAGUGAGGGUCGGACCUCUCAUGGCUUGA